AUAUAAAUCCACCGCUUCCAUGCUCCAACUCUGAAACCAAACCACGCAUAACAAGUUCACACUACUCUUCUCAACAUGGAAACAGCAUCUUUUUGCAACGCAACAACACACAAUUUUAUUACUUCAUCUCUACCCAUUAGGAGGAUAGUCAAACAGCUUCCAAAACCAUGUCAAACUCAAACUCAUAAUUGCUGUCACUCGGGGAUGCCAUUAGGUUUUAGAGGUUCGCAGGGUCAUGGUUUAAAUACUAAGUCAAAGCAGCGUUAUGGUGAUGCAGUAGCAGCAAGGUGUGCGGCUUGGGAUUCAGGGCUUCUGGCUGAGUUAGAAAGAGAACUGGAGGCUAAAGAAGAAGAAGAAUGGGUGAAAGUGGGAAGGCUGAGAGAGAAAUGCAAGGAAAGGAAAGGAACGGUGGAGUUGUUGGAGUGUUUGGAAAGGGAAGCAAUACAAGGGGAAGACCAUGGAAGAGAAGCUAGUGAUUACAAUAGAAGGGCCCAGAUCUUUGAUAAGAGUUCCAAGGUUUUCCGGGCUCUCAAAGCACGCACCCAACCUACUCACUCUCAAAACUCUUGAUUCCCUUUUUCUUUUUUAAUGUAAUUGUAGUGAUUCUAAUCUACAAAGUGAAAAUAAUGUCACCCCAAAUGGCUUUUCCCCUUCUGUUCAAUGUAUUUAACUUGUAGCAACUUGAAAAGCAUAUAAAGUAGCUUAUGGAACUUUUAUAGAA